UAUGAGACAAGAGGUAAUCGUUUAUCAAGAUGUUUCGAGGAGUCUAUUAUGGAGCUAGUGAACUCUUUGUGAAGAUAAAGAUAGAAGCCGUUUUUAAACAAGUGUUAAUCGUUUAUCAAGAUGUUUCAAGGAGUCUAUUUCGUGUUUCUUCUAUUCAGUGCUACUCUAGGUGAUGAAUGGCCACAAUUGGUCAUAGGAGGCUCCAAAAACAAGUUGGCUUCUGCUAUGAAACCAUGCAUAAUUCCUUAUAACAAGGAGUAUUUUUACUUUACCAACGAAGUGGACAGAUUGAAGACAGGAGAAAACAUCAAUGGAGACGGAAAACUUGUUAUUAGCGUUAAAUGUUAUAGUUCGAGAAAAAUAAUCAAACCGUCCGACUUCGCUGUGUGUUUUGAUGGAGAGUUAUACCCUACCCGUCAUACGUGUGAUCCUGUGCAGAAAAAAUGUGCUCCAAAGUAUGAUUCAUAUGCAACGAUUUACUCCUGCACGACGCCCAAAGGUGUUCAAGUAAGCUGCGAAUUACCAGCUGAACCUGGCACCAAACUCACUGUCCGAUGCGCCCAUUGGAGAUACAAGCCCCCGGAUGUUGAUAUGGUACGAGAGAAGUUUUGCCAGCAAAAUGGUGAGUGGGAGGAGCAUGAGGAUUGCUCAUUGCAAUGUGGCAAACUUAUCAACAAGGAUCAUUUGAAUGUAACCAAUAAUAAUUCUGAUGCAAGUUCACUAUUAUUUCCUAUUUCAUCAGUGCCUUGGCAUGCAACAAUUCUCGUUUACCUAAAUAGUAAAUGGUAUUUUGUUUGUCCUGCAACAAUGAUCUCAAAUGUUUUGGUGAUAACAGCCUUCAGUUGUUUUGAAAAGAUUUCAUGGAAAAUUUUGCCGCUGAAGAUUAGUGUCGGACAUAAUCAACAGUAUCAAUCCCUAACUGAGAUGUAUGAUGUGGGACAAGUCUACUUAUCUGAAGAAAGACUUUCAAUUGCUUUAGUUGGAGUGCGUGAAUACAUAGAGUUCAGUGACACAGUGGGAAGUAUUUGUGUUGGUGAUAUUUUGAGCUUGGAUACGAGAUUGGGGCGAAUGCUAUUUUGGAAUAAAGACUCGAAAAGCCAAACUUUAUCGUAUAAUGAAUGCCAAUCUUUGAAAGGAAUAAAUAGAGUAGUUGGAUCCAACUUCUUCUGUAAUCAUCUAGAUAAUUUCACUUUUUCACCUGUAAUCAUUGGAUUAGGGCUUUAUUUACAUGAUCAAAACACAAAUGUUACUAAUUUAGAAGCAGUACUUGUUGACCGGUCUUCUGAUGGAGAAUUUGGAGUUUAUGCAGAUGUUCGGGAAGAGGCGAACAGAAAUUUUAUCACAAUUAAAACACAAGAAUUUGGGCAAUGGUUGCUGAAAAAUUAUAAUGGUUGGUGGCGCAGAAGACUGAAAGACAAACAAUGAAUAGUUAAUAAUUAUUGUGGAACUCUAUAAGGAGUUCAAGAAGUCAGCUGUGUUCUUAUGUGGAAUCCUUGACAGUAUAAUUCUAUAAAGGUGCGUACAGUUUUACGCGCCGCGAACAUGAGCAUUUCACUUUUAAUCAGCUGAUGCCAAGCUUUUUAUAUCUGUAUCUCACCGUUUCUGUAAAAAUACAAAUUGUGAUGUACCCAAUGAUUGUGCAUCCCCUGAAUUAUGAAUUAAGAAUAUUUAUUGACCGUUAAGCGAACAAAACAAAUUCCAUCACUGAGAAAGAAUCACAAUCUUAUCUAAGGCAGAUAAACGACAGUUAUCUGACCUAUAAAGGCUGCAACCAGUAAAUCAGUAAUAGUAUAUCUUCCAGAAAUUUAUUAACAAAAACCACAUGUAUUCAUUUUGUUUAGUAUUUUUGAUUGGUAGUUCAAAUAUUUGGAGGUUAGAAUUGAACCGAUACAUAACCCUAAAUAAACCAAAGCUUACUUGUAUCAACAACUAGCCAAUUGAGAAGGCAGUUUGCAACAGCUACAUGAUAUUAAUUUUUUCACCUUUCAUUAUUGUAAUUAUUUUAUAUGCCGAAUGGGCUCAAAUAUUUAUUUAUGAGCUGUCAUAAAGCUAUAUUUAUCAUAGAGUUUUAACAUGGUUUGAUUAUAUGUAGUGAUAUGGGAUUGACAUUCUACCAUAUCAAAAACAAUAUAAACAAAGAAACAUAUUAAUUAUUAUUACAAGCAUGUGUGUUAUUAUAUGUAUUUAUACUUCUACUUUAUCUUAUAAAAUUACGUCUAUGUUCCACAAAUUAUUGGCUAUUUUUCAAGUUCACAAAAUUAGCGCCAGCACAAGUUCUUUUGAAUUUUUAAGCCUAACUCGUUAUUUAACAAAAAUGUAUAUCGUAGUAGAUGAAAUUAU